ACUAAAGGAACCUUUGCUUCUAAGCAUGGAAUUACUAAGGUGUCAAAACAAGUUGCUUUGGCUUUUUGCAAGAGGACACUAAUUAGAUGCCGUAAAUUCGAAGAUUCAGGUAUCAGUUGUUUUUCUGAGCCUGCACUUCGGGAAAUCGUUUACGCACCACCUCCUCAGUUCUCUGAGAUGGAGCUACUUUCUGGUGUUAACCCAGCAGCUGCUAAUGAUGCACUUGGGACUUCACUUCGUCUUUUCGAUCACGGUGUUGCUAAAAAUGGGCCAAUAUCAAAUAGAGGAAAGAAAAAAGAACUAUCUCUUGAUGAUGUAGGUGGUUCCGUUUUCCGAGCCUCGGCUGGUCUAGGCAUGUCUGGUGGUGCAAAGGGAAAGAGAAGCGAAAGGGAUAGGGAUUCAAGCAAGCACGGAAGGUUGUCCAUGGGUGGUGCAAAGGGCGAGCGAAAAACAAAAUCGAAACUGAAGCAGAAAACAGCUCAGCUUUCAAUGUCUGGAGUCAAUAAAAUCGCAGAAACAGGCAGUGAAGCCGCAAACAACAGUGGCAACAGGAGAAAAGAUGUUAGAUUCAUGUCUUCCGGUAAUGCCCCUCCUGGGUCAUCGAGAGACGCCAAGGAUUCUUUGGCUGACGUCUCGACUCUGCCCCUCGACAACAUAGACGGGAUAGAAGAGCUAGGUGUAGAUUGCGACACAGAUGCACCUCAGGAUCUCAAUUCUUGGUUCAAUUUUGAAGUAGACGGUGAAGAACACGAUGAUGUUGUCGGCCUUGAGAUACCCAUGGAUGACCUCUCAGACCUACUCAUCUUCUGAGCUUCACCCCCUUGUACAGCUUGUUGGAAUACUGAUUUGUUUAGCGAAAUAGACUGCUCAUUUUUUUCAGUUCGGUGGGUGCCUCACCCUACGUUCGUCUUGGCCUAAUGGCUUUUGUAAGUAUGCAUUUUUGUUGUAAUCUAGGAAAAUCUUCAUAGUCAUCAUAUAUAAUAUAUUUCAGACUAAUUAUUUUCCCCA